GAACUGUUAACGAACCCCGAAACACCGCGACCAGCACGGACAGUUACUUACUAGAACUGUACAGCGAGUCCCGGGUUUUGGAGGAAAGUCGCUGAACAAAACCUCGCGUAACGAAUAUGCUAACGUGCUACCGUGAGCUAAUGAGGCUCAGGCCGGGUAACUGAACAGAAAUAACCCGCACAGCAGCGCCGCUGCCCUGUGGAAUUAAUAGGAAACAGCGCUGCGUUUACAGGCCGCGGUCUUUCUUUCGAACAGACGAAAACAUACACACAUCUGUCUGCCUGUUAACGGCCUCAGCAUGCGUGAAUAUAAGCUUGUGGUCCUGGGCUCUGGAGGUGUGGGGAAGUCUGCAUUGACAGUCCAGUUUGUACAGGGAAUAUUUGUUGAAAAAUAUGACCCCACAAUAGAAGACUCGUAUAGAAAGCAAGUCGAGGUUGAUGGGCAGCAAUGUAUGCUAGAGAUCCUGGAUACUGCAGGCACAGAGCAGUUCACAGCGAUGAGGGACCUGUACAUGAAGAAUGGUCAGGGUUUCGCUCUGGUUUACUCCAUCACAGCACAGUCCACCUUCAACGACCUGCAGGACCUACGGGAGCAGAUUUUGAGGGUGAAGGACACAGAGGAUGUGCCAAUGAUCCUAGUUGGAAAUAAGUGCGAUUUAGAGGAUGAGAGGGUGGUUGGGAAAGAGCAGGGUCAGAAUCUUGCUCGUCAAUGGAGUAAUUGUGCCUUUCUAGAAUCUUCUGCCAAAUCAAAGAUCAAUGUCAACGAGAUCUUUUAUGACCUGGUAAGACAGAUAAACAGAAAGACGCCGGUGGAGAAGAAGAGAGCGAAAAAGAAGUCAAAUUGCAUCCUGCUGUAACACACCUGCAUCACUGCAGCAGCUCUGAGCCAGAUUGCCGAAAUGAAGAACUGUUGCCCAGCUGGCCAACAUUCCGGUUCCUCUCUACAGUUAUUGGCCAAACAAUCAAUAAGGCAGAACACCACAGACUCCUCAACUAAAACACAGACUUGACAGAAAAAGAGAGAUGCAACCUCUGCCUUUUCUUCCAGAACAGUCUUGAAAAUGUUCUCCCCCCUGCUCUUUGCUUACAGUUUUUUUCUGAAGGAGAUUCUACAAUGUGGAUCUGUGUCAGGAGCAGAAGCUCUGUCUGUGAUAUGGCAAAGGGGGGUUAGACAGUCUGGGAGAGGGUUCAGGACUUUCUUAAUGCCUACAGAAAGAAUGGGGACAUUUCAAAACGUGUUCAUGUUUAUAAAAUGAUCAGAAUUUUUUUCCCCCAUCACGUUUGGACUACCAAUAAUCAUUUGUACAGAGAAGCAGCUGUGUCCUUCAUUCAUCAAACCUUUUUUCCUGAGUGACUUAGACUCUUCUUUUCAUCUAAAGAAAUUGUGGAAAAUUAAAAAUGUCAUUUUUUCUUUAGGGUGGUUAGGUUGAAAUAAGAAAUUUGGAUCUGUCUAUCUUGAAGGUAAAGAUAUAUUGUAGCCACUGCAUUUUUUUUCACAAUCAAAGUUUUGUUAAUUUUCCAGCUUUUAAAGGUAAUUUAAUUUUAGUAUAUUUUCUUGGUGAUAUUUUGCGGUAGGCUGGAAUAAAUAUCAACCGUUUUGUGCCUGAGCAGGAGAAGGAUGAAAUCAGAUCUGUAAUGCCGAGAUGACUUCUCCUCCGAUAACCGCUAAACCAAUAAACGAUAGUCAGUCCUUGACACUUCAUUUGCCAAGUUAACAGUCUUGAUGUGUCAAAUAUUUCAUUCUUGUUUUUUUGUUUUGUUUUUUUUGUUCUGCUCCAUGGUUUAGUUGAGCAUUUUAAGCAAAGUGUCUGGCUGGCUUUUGAUUUGUUUUUAAAGUAAUGUGUGCUUUGAUUUUUUUUUUUUUUUUUUGACAUUGAUUUAAAUAAAUGUAUUUCAUAUUGA